AUGGAGAACUGUUUGGCGGCCGCGGCGCUGAACGGGGUGGACCGACAUAGGCUGCAGCGUUCGGCUAGGCUGGGUCAAGAAGUGCUGGAGCGGGCCAAGAGGAGAGCGGUGAACUGGCAUUCACUGGAGCUCCCCAAAGGCAGCGUGGGGUUUUUUGCCCCAGAGGGGUCCAACCAAGAAAGACGUCUAGCAACAGACCCCCAUCGCCUUCUCCCAGGAGAGAGAGAAGAAAGAUACCCAACCCUCAGUGCUUCCUUCAGAACAAUGGCUGAAUUCAUGGACUAUGCUUCAAGUCAGUGUGGGAAAUAUUAUUCAUCUGUGCCAGAGGAAGGAGGGGCAACCCAUGUCUAUCGUUACCACAGAGGGAAGUCGGAGCGGUCGUGGUGCUCGGACAUGAGGAAUGGUCAAAGUCAAGACACAUCCCUUGGUCUUGAAGGCAUCUAUCAAACUUCACAGUGUGACCUAGAGGCAUCCCAGCCUGCUGAGAGCAUCUCUAAGGACCUCUACAUAGAAGUGUAUCCAGGGACCUACUCUGUCACUGUGGGUUCGAAUGACUUAACCAAGAAGACUCAUGUGGUAGCAGUUGAUUCAGGACAGAGUGUGGACUUGGUCUUCCCCAUAUGA